UAAGCUCCCUUUCGCCGAACGAGCAUGUUCACAUAUAGGUUACUACGCGAGAGCGCCCUGAGUACCUUGCCUUUACUAUACCAACAAAUAUCGUGGCGUCUCAGGUUGCGAUGUCUGGUCACUGCUUAGUUUCGAUCAUCCGAGGAUCCUGCGAUCAUACCUGUGGGUAGCGAUAUAAAUGACGAGACAAACUUCCCUCUCCUAUAGACUCCCAUGAUUCUCUCACUCCAAUCCCCUCUACAAGAGGUAAGUUGUCCAGUCAUUAUCUCUGUAUCUUUUUUUGAGUUUCGACUUUAUGAAGGCCAGGCUUUGCCCAAUCUCCCAUGGAUGUCAUCCAGUUGCACGGCUCCCGUCUGAGCUCAUCAUUAACAUAUUUUUCCACUGCCUCCCCGACGACUCCUACCCCAGCCUACAUGGGAAUGCAGCCCCUGUACUUCUCGCACACGUCUGCAGGUCCUGGAGGUCCCUCGCUCUCUCAGUCUCCCGCCUGUGGUCUUCCUUCGAAAUUGAUUUCCACAAUGGUUACGCCACACCGCAGCUAGAAGCGCUGGAGUUUUGGCUCAAGCAUUCUAAGGAGCAACCAUUAUCCUUUAACAUCAUCUACGAACCACCCACUCACACGACGUGUCGAGUCUUUCAGAAGCGGAGCACGACUUUCGUGAAAGCUCUGCUCCGUUACUCAUCUCGGUGGCGGAAUGUGAGGUUCGUGACACCUGGCGCUAGUGUCCUUCCUCUCUUUGCAGAUCAAUCACGGGCAUCAGGGCUUCAUUCCCUUGAAGCACUGACGCUUGAUAUGAGAGGAGUUUGGCCAUCACAUGGCGUAGCCUUGCGCUCAUUAGGGAUUCAAUGGAGCCGGCUCUCAGAGCUACACGUCCGCCUAGAUUGCACGGUAGAGGGGCUUCCUACGCUCGAUGAAAUCUUCGAAAUCCUAUCAGAAGGCGAGAACCUCAUAGCCUGUUCAUUCAAUGCAGCGUGCACCUUCACCUCAAAGCCCGAUCCGACACGCGUCUCGGUGGCGAAGCUCCAACGUCUCAACUUGACGUUGAGAGCGACUUUAGGCUCCGAGGCAUGCUUCGGAUACUUUUUGGAUUCACUCGAUAUGGUGGCGCUCAGAGCAUUACGCAUCGAGUGCAUAGACGACUUAAAUGGUCAAAACUGGAAUGGCUGUCAUUCAUCGAUUCUCUCAUGCCUGCGCUCAGCAAUGAUCCGGGAACUCCAGUUACAUUACCUACCCCUUUCCACUAUCGGUAUCAUUGACAUUCUCGAUGCUACACCAGCACUAGAACGUCUGAACCUCAAGUUUGACCUAGGGGACAUAGACGGAGACCCGGUGGAUAAUGUUCUAUUUCGGCGCAUACCGCAAUCAAAGGCCCUCCGAGCUUUGGACAUAGAAUGUAACGGGAGAAAGUUGAAUUGUAAGGCUGUAACGGACAUAGUAGAACUAGAUACUCUAGAAAGAUUUUACCUGGCGACGCUAAUUACCAUCUGUAGCUGUCUUGAUGCACAUUGGGAAAGGGGGAGGGAUAGAGGAGCAGAUAUUCAGUUAAGACCUUAUUUCCGCCUCUAAUUCAUUUUAUUUUCUUGUGAGAAUCAGUUUGUAAUGGGCACAUGGUGUAGAU